GGAUCUGAGGAUUUCCCAGCUGCAAGCCGAUCUCCGUCGUCCACCCCCUGCCCCCGCCCAGCCCCCUGAACCUGAGGCUCUGCCUACUAUCUAUGUUGUUACCCCCACCUAUGCCAGGUAUGGGCUGUGAUGCACCCAACAUCUGCAUGGACCAAGAGGCUGGGCUCGAUGAUGAGUUUCGGGAGGCGCUGGGCCAGGGGAUGUUCCUCAAGCUAAGGCAUGCCAGAUGACAGGCUAAAUGAACCACAUCAUCACUCAAAGAUUUGUGGGAAAAUGCUUUUCUAUUAAAAUAGACAGGGAUGUGCCGUGAAGUAGAAUACAAUAUUCCUGAGAAGCUUUAAGAUAGAACAAUAAAGUUGCAAAGAAAUUCUGAACUUGCCAGCGAGUUCACGCUCUCUCCUUAGGGAGCCUUUGGUGAGAAGGUUUGGGAAGCCCUUGACUACAUGGAAGCAGAAAAGGACUUGGCCCUGCAGUCACACGGGGGUCUAGAAAUAGUUACACCAGCUAUUAUUUGCCAUGUGUUUACUCUCUGCCCCGCGCUGUGCUAAGUGUACCCCUUUUGUUUUUUUUUUUAAUAAAACGUAGCGUUAUUGGUGACAUAAACCAACUGGGAAAUGUGGUUUUGAAUCUGUAGCCAAAAGGGCUUGCUGACAUCUGCCUGGAAUCAGAUGGCUGACCCACCUACGCCAGGGCAUCUCUAGACCCUCUCCACCUCCCUACACACACCAUCAAGCCUGGGGCGGGCAGGCCCAUCUGAAGGGUAAAGAAGCCUGCAAGAGACUGCGCCCCUACCUUCCCAGUUUCUUGUCUAAACUCGGAUAAAUCUUCGUCCCCUGAAGAGGAAUGAGCCAAAGGGCUCCUCUAAACUCUCCUACCUGGAAAUCCAAGCAUAGGCGGCAAAGAACAUGGUCCUACUGGCUGGUGCAGAAGGCGGAGCUGGUGCGGCUGUCCCAGACCCUAAGCCUGGUGCCCCGGCUGCACUGGCUGCUGGUAGAGGAUGCUGAGGGCCCCACCCCGUUGGUCUCGGGGCUGCUGGCUGCCUCUGGCCUCCUCUUCACACACCUGGCGGUCCUCACCCCCAAGGCCCAGCGACUCCGGGAGGGCGAGCCAGGCUGGGUUCGGCCCCGAGGUGUUGAGCAACGGAACAGGGCCCUGGACUGGCUCCGGAGCAGAGGGGGUGCUGUGGCGGGAGAGAAGGAUCCACCCCCACCAGGCACCCGGGGAGUCGUGUACUUUGCUGAUGACGACAACACCUACAGCCGGGAACUCUUUGAGGAGAUGCGCUGGACCCGUGGAGUCUCAGUGUGGCCAGUGGGGCUGGUGGGCGGCCUGCGAUUCGAGGGCCCUCGCGUACAGGACGGCCGGGUUGUGGGCUUCCACACGGCAUGGGAGCCCAAUAGGCCCUUCCCAGUGGAUAUGGCGGGAUUUGCUGUCUCCCUGCCCCUGCUGUUGGCGAAACCCAAUGCCCGGUUUGAUGCUACUGCUCCUCGGGGCCACCUGGAGAGCAGCCUCCUGAGCCACCUUGUAGAUCCCAAGGACCUGGAGCCGCGGGCUGCCAACUGCACUCGGGUCCUGGUGUGGCAUACGCGGACAGAGAAGCCCAAGACGAAGCAGGAGGAGCAGCUGCAGCGGCAGGGCCGAGGCUCAGACCCAGCUGUCGAGGUGUGAUGGCGGCCCUCCACUGCCCACCACCUCAUCAGACACAGAUCUGUGGGACUGGAUCCCUGGCCUGCCCAGGAUGUGGUUUUCCAAGUCCUGAGCCCUCAGAGCCAGGGGCGGCCCUUCUGCCCCUUCAACCCCAGGGCGUGGCCCAGCUGCUUCUCCCCUCCCCCAGCUUGCCUUGUGGCACUGCCCACAGGCUAGGGACAAGCGGCCCUUGUGUUGAGCCAGAUGGGCCCCGUCUGGGGCGGAGCAGAAAACAGAGAGUCUCCGGCGGGCGGGCGGCUGAGUGACUGGGUAACUUAUUGGGGCUGGGCAUGCACUGGGGGGCUGGAGGAGCUGGGCUGGGCCCUCCCCACCUGAGCAUGCUGACCGCCCGCCCCCCCCGCCCCAACCUCCAGAAUAAAAACUCUCAACCUG